AACAUCUAUAACUACCAGAUUGUGCUUCCACGUGACAUUGAGGGAUUGCAUAUCACGGAUUGCAAUGUUGAUUGCAGUGAGGAAUACCCACUUUUCUCCAGGUUUAUCCUCUUCUCACUUUCCUCCUUUUCAUCUCUUAUAUGUCUUCAUAUAAAAGAUUGUGGGAAUAUGAAAAAGUUGUUCUCCCCAAACUGUGUGCCGCCAAAUUUACAAAGGCUUAGAGUUGGUGGGUGUAAGCAAUUGGAGGAAAUAAUAACAUCAGAAGUUGAACCGGAGGAAAGAGGAAUGGUUAUCACGGAGUUUCAUCUUCCACAACUACGACAAUUGUUGUUGAAUGGUCUACCGGAAUUGAAGAGCAUUUGCAGUGCUGGUGGAGUACUGGUUUGUGAUUCUCUUGUCGUAUUUCAGAUUGUAUACUGUCCAAAAUUAAAGAGGAUGGGUCUUAAUCUUCCCAAACUUGAUAAUGUCCCACCAUCUGCAUCUGCAAAUCUUUCUCUUUCAGUUCAGGAGUAUUGCAAUGUUAAUUGCAGUGAAGAAUACCCGCUUUUCUCCAGGUUUAUCCUCUUCUCACUUUCCUCCUUUUCAUCUCUUAAAUCUCUUUAUAUAAAUGAUUGUGGGAAUAUGAAAAAGUUGUUCUCCCCAAACUGUGUGCCGCCAAAUUUACAAAUGCUCAGUGUCAGAAGUUGUAAGCAAUUGGAGGAAAUAAUAACAUCAGAAGUUGAAACGGAGGAAAGAGGAAUGGUUAUCACGGAGUUUCAUCUUCCACAAUUAGGGCUAUUGAGUUUGGGGGAUCUACCGGAAUUGAAGAACAUUUGCAGUGCUGGUGGAGUACUGGUUUGUGAUUCUCUUGGAAUAAUUGGGAUUGUAGACUGUCCAAAAUUAAAGAGGAUGGGCCUUAAUCUUCCCAAACUUGAUAAUGUCCCACCAUCUGCAUCUGCAAAUCUUUCUCUUUCAGUUCGGAUAAGACCAAAGAAGUGGUGGGAAUCAGUGGAAUGGGAUGGUCCCCAACCCAAGUCUCUUUUCGACCCCUUCGUGAGCUUUAGGUAAAAGGUAAAGGGAGGAUCAAACGGAGCAGUUGAGUUUGUAACAUU